AUGUCUAAGCCCUCGAAAAACCCAUCUCCCUCGUCUCUCGAAGCCCCAUCCUCGAAACUUCUCCGCGUAACCCUCGAAGGAGCAGUAAUGAGUGCGGUCUCCAACAGCCUUGCCCAGGGGUUCAACGCCUACCGCGAAGGCUGGUCCGCCAUCGAUCCCAUCGCGUUCGUUCACUUCAUCGUCCUCGCAAUCAUCACGACCCCACCAAACUACAAAUGGCAGUUCUGGCUCGAAGAGACGUUCCCGAGCCAUCCCCAAAGACAGGCACCAGGCGCGGCGGCAGGCAAGAAAGAAGACGAUGCCCGCCCAGUCAAGGAUGAGAAGGCUGCGCUCUCGUUAACAAAUACCGCGGCCAAGUUCUUACUAGAUCAGACUCUGGGUGCAGGCUUCAAUACUGUGUGGUUCAUCGUCAUGAUUAAUCUACUGAGGGGCAAGAGCUUCGAGCAUAUUGCGACGACUGUACAAAAUGACUUCUUCCCCAUGCUUAUGGCCGGGUACAAGUUCUGGCCGGUGAUCACUCUUCUAAACCUCGUCGUGGUGCCUUUUGAUCAGAGAAUGCUUGUGGGUGGCUUGGCAGGUCUGGCCUGGGGAAUGUAUGUCAGUUUGACGCAGAUGUGA